AUGGACAUGACAGGAAGGAAAAAAUCGAAAGAAAAUAAUAGAAAAAAAAGAAAAGAAACUGGUCGUGUUGUUCAACGAAAUGAAGAUAAUAAUGGACAAGCAAAGUAUGGUGAUGGUAGUGCAACAAACGAUACUGAUGAACAAACAGAUGAUGAUCAUAAUGCAACAAAUCCUGGUGAUCCAUCGACGUCUCAAGGUGACGAUACAACAACUGAUAGUGAUGAACGGAUCAAUGAUGAUUAUGAUUCAACAUCUAGUAGUGAUGAUUCAUCUACAGAUAGUAAUGAUAAAACAAUUGUUGCUCCUGAUAUAAGAACGAAUGAUGAUAAUGAAAAGAAUCAUGUUACUAGUGAUGAUGAAUAUGGUUAUUAUAAUCCAAAAGAUAGAAGAAAGUGGACAGAAGAAUAA